AUGUCGUGGCUCUGGAAGGGAGAUGCCAACUCCCCUGCAUCAUUCGAGAAAGCCCUCUCCAAACUGUCCUCACAAAUCACCACCGCAAACCUUGCCCUUGACACAAGUCGCAGUCGAGACCGCCGGAUCAAGGCCCUGUGGACUCUUUAUACCACCCUCACAUACCUUCUCUACACUUUGGUCAUUGUUCUCGUCCUUGGACCACAGAACUGGUCGAUCUAUCACUAUGCCGGUCUUGUCGGUUCUCCGAUCCUCAUAUACGUGGUCCGCACAUCCAUCGCCGCCUUCUUUGGUUGGAGGAUAAGCCGUCAGCAAGCAUAUUUGGAGCAUUUACAGAAGCAGCGAGAGCAAAAGAUUGCAGAUCUGAAGAAAGCUACAAAGUACGACAGUACUCAGGAGCUAUUGCAGAAAUAUGGAGGCGCUCCACCGACAAAGUCUCCCUCGAAACAGCCGCAAUCGGGUCCGAAGAGAAAGGCGAUUCCUGCCACAGACCAGCGCCCUGUUCAGAGGACUGGUAUCGCACCUCCGCCAACGGCAAAUAUUCCAGGAAGACACAGCUCCAUGCCAUUCCCUCAGCAACCGAACGAACAGACUGGCUCUGCGCCUAUGUCGCCAACUCAUGGCCCAUCACCACAUGCGGCCCCUGUGAUGGCACAUAGCCCAAUAGAGAUUACGCCAGACUCUCCCGGUUUCGCUCCAAAUGCUUUCUCCAGCAUGCCGCCUGCUUCUAGCACCACGUAUGAGCAGCCGCCUCACUGGUACGACCGCAUACUGGAUGUUCUUCUUGGUGAGGAUGAAACCGCGGCCAAGAACAGAUUGGUCCUGUUGUGCGCCAGAUGUCGCUUGGUCAAUGGUCAAGCACCUCCUGGCGUGAGGACACUUGAAGAACUGGGUCGUUGGAGAUGCAGUGGCUGUGGUGCUUGGAACGGAGCCGAAAGUGAAGGGGCUAAAGUUGUAAAAGAGGUGACCUCUGCUUCGAAGAUGGACGAUGGGGAGGGCUGGGAGAGCGUUCCACGAGCCGCGGACAUUCGAGAAGAAAGCCCUGAAGAUUCAAAGCCUCAGGAAAUGGCUGAUACCAGCUACGAAGGAACUACAGGACGAGACGUAGGAGAUGAUGCCGGCCUAACCAAGAGGGUCACUCGUAGUGCAGGCAAGAGAGACUCCCUUGAGUCCUUGCAAUGA